AUGGACGCGUUGGUGUCGCGCGCACGUCGGAUCGGUCCGUUACGAUCGUUGUCCGAUCCGUUACUGCUUGCAUUGUUUGCCAAUUCCGAUUGUAUACCCGAUAGGGUUCAACAAGGUGUCGUCCUGUUCAACAAGGGCGAUCGUACAUCUUACUGGUAUCUUCUAUUGGCUGGUGAAGUUCAACUAUUUUUACCUGGUUACUAUCCAACAUCAGAAUCCGUCCCGUUGUGUUCGUUGUCGGCUGGUUCGUUAUUCGGUGAACUUGACAUCGACCGUCAUUGUUGUUCGGCGAUCGUAACUCGACAAGCGGAAUUCGUUCGAAUCUCACAACGUCACUUCGUCGGCCUCUAUAAUAAACACGCCGAUCAUCUGCAACCGUUCAUCGUUGUUAUGCAAGAUAUGCUAUCUGAAGAGCAAAUUGUGCCUUCCCAUCUGGUGCCUUCACGUUCACAAGUUGACGGCACUACUAUUCCUUCACAUCUAAACGGUGACGUGAACGGCAUUAACGCUAGCCUACAGUAUCCACCGGAAUAUCGAGAAGGACCAUCAUCGUUCGACGUUUCCGCGAUGCAAACCGAAUUGGAACAGCUGCCAAAACAUACGCCGCACGAUCAAGGGAGCAUUAUUGAAUUUAAUAAUUCUAUUUCAUUCGAAGCUCGAAUCCUAGAAGUUGGCGCACAGCUGAGACAUGCGAUGAUCACACAAGCUCCACAUCUCAUUCGUGAACGAAUCGUUCAUAAAGUGCCGUAUGCUGAUUGUAUGAUCGGCAGCGAAAUGGUUGAUUGGUUAUUGGAUUUAUCCGUCUCGAUUGGUGCUCAUUCCCCAGCAUUGUCACGAUUUCAGAUCAGCGGAAUGUGGCAGACACUUCUGGAACAUAACGUGAUUUGUCAUAUCACUAGCGAACUACAAUUCGUGGAUAAAAUGGUUUGUUAUCGAUGGAUAGAUGGUGGUCGUCCAGAUCGACGGAUGACAAAUGGAGUUCCGGGAAGAUUCCCCGUGAACGAUCUCCGCUUGAAGGAGGAGGUGCCGAGUCGAGAAGAUCUGGCUAGUGCGGUUUUCUUCCUGAGUACAGUUGGACCAGAUGCACUAUUUCGGAUGAUCCUAAAAAAGUUGCCUCAGGAUCGAACCCCUGAAGAAUUGGAACUCGUCUACGAGGAGUUGUUGCACGUGAAGGCUCUGUCUCAUCUCAGCACUAUGGUUAAACGUGAACUGGCCACCGUUAUCGGAUACGAGCACCACACUCACGCAGGUACAGUAUUAUUUCAUCAAGGUGAUCCCGGGAAGAAUUGGUACAUUAUUCUACGUGGAAGUGUUGAUGUCAGCAUACAUGGAAAGGGAGUGGUUUGCACGCUUCAAGAAGGUGAUGACUUCGGCAAAUUGGCGCUGGUGAACGAUAGUCCACGAGCGGCUACGAUCACUCUUAGGGAGGAUCAUGCUCAAUUCCUCACCGUAGACAAGCACGACUUCAACAGGAUAUUGAGAGAUGUGGAGGCGAAUACGGUACGAUUAAAAGAACACGGACAAGAUGUGCUUGUUUUGGAGAAGAUCAACGUUCCACGUGGUGCUGCUAUCGAGGGAGGAUUGACGAACACCGGGAAAGGGCAAUGCUGUUACUCUGUCAUGGCUGGGUUAGCCGAAAAAAUGUUGGAGUACGUGUUGGAAACACGUGUGGAUGCUCAAGAGGAUGGCGCUGAAUUGGAUGUGUUUCUGGAGGAUCUUGUGCUAACUCAUAUCAUCUAUCUCCCCACUAAUACACUUUGCAACUACCUCAAACAUUACUAUUCACGAGCAGCUGAGCCUCAUUCUGACCCGCUUGUGGUGAUGGACGAUCUCGAACAUCGGAUUUCGGCUCGGCGACGGGUGGUGUCUUUUCUAUGGCUUUGGGUGAACGCCUUGGGGAUCCACUAUUUCCUGGAUCCUGCAGCAAACGCUUUUGUUGAGGAGCUCUACUGUCACGUCCUGGAGGAUAAUCGAACUUUGCCUGGGAUGGGCCCGAUUCUGGCUCGGAUCUCAGCUCUUCGUGAUCUCAGAGAGGAAGCACGACGUACGCUUGCUCGUCAUCCAGCAGUUGUCCUUGAAUGUGGUGUACUGUCCACAAUGGCACCGUCACCGAAUCCAGUUCUUCCUAGUGAUAUUUGCAAUCAGAUCAUUCAUCUCUCGGACACCACAUCGUUUGCGUUACCGAUUCGUAUGGAUAAAACAGCGACCGAAAUCUGUGAGCUGGUCCGUGGACGACUAAGAAGUUCACAUGGCGAGGAAUUGGCGUUGGUUGAGGUGAAAAGCAGUGGAGAAAAAGUUGUAUUCUACGAUGGUGACGUCAGUAUCGCCACAAUGCUUUCCUUGAAUAGCAAGCUCUACGUGGUUAGUAAGGAUGAGAUCGAUUCCUUGGCCCCACAACUCGAUCAAAAUGGUCCCCUGGAGUCUGUACAUGCUUCAGUGAUGGAAUAUGUUGGAAGUCAUGAAUUAGCACAACAACUCCUUGUUCUUCAUACGCAACUUUUCGAGGCUACGGACGAAAUUGAACUUGUAACACAAGUGAUCGGACGAGAUCAAUUCCCCGGACGAGUUCCAUCGAAUCUGGAUCUUCUAAUGAGAAGAUUCAACGAGGUUCAAUACUGGGCAACAACGGAAGUAUUAUUAGCGCUACCACAAAAACGUGUGAACACCCUGAGGAAAUUCAUAAAAAUUGCCAUGUAUGCAAAGGAGAAUCGUGAUUUGAUGACAUUAUUUGCGAUAACAUUAGGUCUUAGCAAUAUAGCUGUCAGUCGACUUACUCAUGUUUGGGAGCGUCUACCGGCCAAACUGCGUCGACAGUUUGCUGAAUUCGAAUCGUUGUUGGAUCCGUCAAGGAAUCAUCGACCGUAUCGAGCGCUUGUCGCCAAGAUGUCACCACCGUUGAUCCCCUUCGUACCGUUGUUGCUGAAAGAUUUGACAUUUAUCCACGAAGGCAAUAAAACCUACUAUAACGGGCUAGUAAACUUUGAGAAAAUGCAUAUGAUCGCUAACAUUCUACGAAGUUUUCGACAAUGUAAAUCCAGAUAUUCAGUGACACAAAUGGAACAGAAAAAGAUCUAUGAAACGCAGAAUUUCAUCCGUAAUUUCCGUGUUGUCGAUAAUCAACGUCGACUUAUGGAACUCUCCUAUCAGAUCGAACCACGCCGAAGGAGAAACUAG